CCCCUGCGCGUAGGUUGUUGCCAUGUUCCCACUUUCAUGGGUGUGGUGAUUAGCUGGCUUGGGUGAAAAUUUUAGUCAAAUCCGAGCGCUCGCUUCUCACCGUUCGAACCGACCGAAAGUGUGUUUAAAAUUAACGGCAGCGCCUGUACGGUUUUUCUCCCUCGCAGCUGUCGCCAUGGUUGUCGUGUGAAACCGGGACCGGUGUACGACUCGGAUUCAGAAGCGCGGACGGAGCCGAAGCGGCCGUUUUCAGGUGUCAGCUGGUGUGUAUGUGUGUGUGUGAGAGUGUGUGAUCGUGUGUGUGGGUGAGCGUGUGUGUGUGUGUGUGAGUGAGUGUGUGUGCGUGCGUGCGAGCGUGCACGUUUGUUAUCCCACCGCGGUCAGUGCUUGGAGCAGAGUGAAGCCUGAACACACCACAGAGGGACAAUGAGCGAGCUGGAACAGUUGCGGCAGGAAGCCGAACAGCUACGCAACCAGAUCCGGGAUGCCAGGAAAGCCUGCAGUGACUCCACUCUGUCACAGAUCACAGCUGGUCUGGACUCGGUGGGCCGGAUACAGAUGCGGACGCGACGCACUCUCAGGGGCCACCUGGCCAAGAUCUAUGCAAUGCACUGGGGGAGUGACUCCAGUGACGGCAGUCCCAGGUUACUUGUCAGUGCCUCGCAAGAUGGAAAGCUGAUCAUCUGGGACAGUUACACAACAAAUAAGAUGCACGCCAUCCCGCUGCGCUCUUCCUGGGUGAUGACCUGCGCCUACGCCCCCUCUGGGAACUACGUGGCCUGUGGAGGUCUGGACAACAUCUGCUCCAUAUACAGCCUGAAGACCCGCGAGGGCAACGUACGCGUCACCAGAGAGUUACCCGGACACACAGGUUAUUUGUCCUGCUGCCGUUUCUUGGAUGACAACCAGAUACUGACCAGCUCUGGAGACACCACCUGUGCAUUAUGGGACAUCGAGACGGGCCAGCAGGCCACCAGCUUCUCCGGCCACACAGGCGAUGUGAUGAGUUUGUCUCUCAGUCCGGACUACAAGACGUUUGUGUCGGGAGCCUGCGACGCCACGUCCAAGCUGUGGGACAUCCGUGACGGGAUGUGCAGGCAGUCGUUCACCGGCCACGUGUCCGACAUCAACGCCGUCACUUUCUUCCCCAAUGGGAAUGCCUUCGGUACGGGCUCCGACGACGCCACCUGCAGGCUGUUCGACCUGCGCGCCGACCAGGAGCUGAUGAUGUACAGCCACGACAACAUCAUCUGUGGCAUCACCUCCGUGGCUUUCUCCAAGAGCGGCCGCCUGCUGCUGGCCGGCUACGACGACUUCAACUGCAACGUCUGGGACACUCUGAAGGGCGAGCGUGCAGGUGUGCUGGCGGGCCACGACAACAGGGUGAGCUGCUUAGGGGUGACAGAAGACGGGAUGGCCGUGGCCACCGGCUCCUGGGACAGUUUCCUCCGGAUCUGGAACUAAAGCAACCCGUUUGCCUGUCGUACUCAAUCACUGCCCUCCAUCUUCCUCCUCCAUCCUGCCUCACCCACGGCGGACCUGAGGGGCGACACUGUGUCACCCAAACCUUCUUAAACUCACCCUCAGCGACCCGCCCGCCUGUGAGAAACUCUUUCUACCUUUAUUUUUGUUUCCACCCAGAAGUAAGAACCUCUCCGUAGAUUAGUCUAAUCAAGAAGAAAAAAGAAGCCGUCGCACCGAUUCUUUUCCAUCUGUUACCACGACUAACAACCGAGAUUAGCAUCAGAGUGUAAAAUGUAAAUAUAAAGACGGUAUAUAUGUAUAGCAUUAUGUGUGUAUAUAUGCAUCAUAUAUGCAUAUAUAAUGUGUAUGUGUAUAUUUUUGUAGUUUAUUUCCCACCCGUUGAGUUUUUUUUUUUUAAAUUUUGGGUGAUGUGUUUUAUUUUAAACUCACAUUACUACUCACAGUAAUGCAGCGGAACAGUACAAGAUUGAGUAACAAAUCAUGAUUUUUAACUCAAAAAAAGUCUGGAUUUAUUAGUUUCCUGCUGAUUAAGUGACGUCUGCUCAUCAGCGCUAGAAAGAGAAACCAAAACUACAAUCUGGCCCAGUUUAAACCCACUCUCUUCAUCUUUUAGCUGUAAAUUUAACAUUCCUCAUCGCAGACGUUUGUUCUCCACCUGCUGCCAUCAGAGAACUUCAAACCAACUCCUGUUUUAGUCUUAGUCUGGAUUCAGCUUUAACUCCAAAGUAGGUGAAUUCUAGCUGAAGAUAGAAAAGUUUUUGGCCUUUCCACUCGAGUGGUUUCAGAUCCUCAUCGGAUAUCAGAAGACGACGUCAGUUCCACAUGUGUGACGAACUGAUUGUCAUUGAAUCGUCUCCUGUGGCCCGAGGAGUCGAUGCUUUCUCCUCAAAGCUGAGAAGACGACAGGCGAAGAGGGACGGACAUUAAAGCGUCUCGACAUCUGGAACCUAAAGGACACCAACGGCGACUCUGAGGAUCUGAGAAAAGACGUCAUUUUUAUCCUUUUUCCAGACUGAGGAAGUCUUUCUCUGUGGUGUGAAAUGAGUGACUGAACAUUAGCUGAAAGAAAAUCACACCAGUGCCACCACAAGCCUGUAAACAAACAAACAAAAAAACAACAAAAAAAAGUUUUGUAAAAGUGUUCGACACUUUGAGCAUUUUCUUUCUUUCUUUCCUCACCAAAUGGAAAAAACCCACAAACUGUUGAACAUUGCUUGUGAAGAAAGACUCGGUAGACUAGCUAGAGACGCACUCACCGACCAUCCAGCACACGUGACUUAUCCACCUGUAGACGUUUUGUUUCACAUUUUUUGAGUGUUUUCUCCUCAUCGUGCAUCUUCCACCGGUUUGAGUCCUCGAAAGGCUUCAUUUAAAACAUAAAUAAAUCACACAGGGGCCGUGUGGUUGGACCUGUCCAUCAGCAGGUGUCCACGCACCGCUGCGUCUCCAUCUCUGCCUUAUUCUGCCGUUCACGUAGGAUUUAGCGAUAAGAGAGCUACUUUUCUUUCCCCGAUAGAAGCACAUCCUGAUACUAGUGAACACUAAAACGCACGAAGAACCACCGCAGCAGCUUUCACAUCACUUUUUAUACAACUCUGCUUUCUACUACUACUGAAGUUUGUAGUAUUUAUUAAGGUUCGAUGGGACGAGUUCUUCUUUCCUUUUAGCUGCUUCUGCCCGACUUAACGGAGCCGUCUGGAGAGAACCUUGAAACGACAUGUUGUAGUUUUUAGCCUGAGAAGGAAGCGACGUGUUUUUGUGUUAAUUUACCGACGACGUAUGUGGAUAACCUGUAGAUUAAGUGUUACUUCCUCAUUUGUGCCAAUGUUAUCCACAGACCCUGAGCUGUGAACUAGUCAGUGUGACAAAAACAAACAAAACAACAAGAUGUUUGCUCACUUUAUACUCAAGUGCCAGCCUCGUUCACCCCCAUCCACAUAAAGCCGACCCGCAGACUGCCGUUAUCACUCAGCUUUCUGACGUCAGACGUUCGUACGUAUGUGUGACGGCCGACGGUUUGUGUUCAAAGGAGCAGCGCGGCAUUCUGGGAAGUGUUUGUGGGACUGCAGGGGGCGCCAUUCCCUUCACGUUGCUGUGUACGAGGUGUUGUUGCAGAUAAUCUUUAAAGCUUGUGAGAAAAGAUGCCACAUUAGUGUCAAAGAUCCCAAACGUUCUUCUGCUAAUCUGCACCUGGAAGCUUAAAAAGGAGAAAAAUGGUGCAUUUAGUGCGCCUUUUUUAAAAACUGAGUGACAACAAGAGCAAUUAUUUAGACCUGGAGCAAUCACAGUACAAUAAAAGUGGAAAUAUUACACAAAAAAACAUCAGAAAUUAGACGCAUCAGUGUCGUUUCACCAGUUUGUCAAAACAUACGGUAUGAUAAUUAUAAUUUACGAGAGAGAUAAUCAUUAAACUUCAUCUGUUAGCAUCUUAUGGAAAAAAAUACCGAUUCCAUUGUUUUUUUUAAUCAACGUGUGUUUGUAAGCCACUCAAAGUUUCAGGUUAGAGGCUAAUAGAUGUGAAAUUGCAGAGCAAAGUGCCAUUUUGUCUUUUUUUGUACCUCUAUGAUUGAUUUGGAUUAAUAUCGUUGCUGAAAUGUGGUAAAAGUCGAACAUUUAUGGACACUUAGUAGUAGUAGUAGUUUAUUCAGUCAUAACACCCAAAUAUUAUACACAGUAUUGACAUUCCUCACAAGAUCACAAAAUCAAGAAUCAUGUGUUGAAUAAUGACUGAAAAGGCAUCGGCAGAAUGCUUAUGAGAGCUGAUCCUAUAUUGUCAACUUUUUUAGGCUACCAAUGUCCAGUAAAAACAGAGAAACAACAGAUAAUUAAUUGCACCUGUAGGCUUCAAAGAUAACUUUACAAAUCAUUUUCUUAAAAACAAAAAAGAAUGAACAACAGAUGAUUAAUCACACUUAUAAGCUUCAAAAAUAGCUUUACAAAUCAUUUUCUUAAAAACCAAAAAAGAAUGACAUGUUUUUAAAUUAAUGUUGGCAUCAUUCCAGAAUUUAACUCCAAUAAUGGAGACACAUCUCCUUUUCAUACCUUUAUUAUUAGCCUUUUGUACAGUAAAUUUGCAAACACCUCUGAGAUUAUACGGACUCUCCUGAAUUGAAAAGAACCUCUAUAUUGGGUCAGGGAGCAUUUUUAAUUUUGCUCUGAACAUAAUUUGCAUUAUUUUAUAAUAAAACAAAUCAUGAAAUUUCAUAACAUGAGAAUUUAGAAAAAGUGGCUCCGUGUGGGCAGAAUAAUCAGCCUUAUUAAUAGUACGUAUUGCUCGUUUUUGCAGUUUUAUUAUUGAAUUUAUGGUGGUUUUAAAGGUAGAUCCCCACAAUUCCACACAGUAAGAUAUAUAGGAAACAGUCAAUGAGUAGUAAAUCAAAUGCAAGGCCUUGGAAUUCAAUACAUUUUUAGAUUUACACAGGAUUGCAAGUGAUUUUGAGAUUUUCCCUUUAAUGUAUUCAAUAUGUUGCUUCCAUGUUAGCUUUUGAUCAAUGACAACCCCAAGGAAUUUAGUCUCAGAAACUCUUUCAAUGUCAACAUUACAACAUUUCAAUUUAACAUUACAAUCACUUUCAUUUAGAUUCCCAAAAAACAUGGAUUUUGUUUUCUUAAUGUUUAUAGAUAAUUUAUUGACAUCAAACCAAGUCUUGAGAUUUUCCAGCUCCAUUUCUACACAACACAAAAGUUCCUCUAAAUUCUUACCAGAGCAAAACAAAUUGGUAUCAUCUGCAAAUAUUACAUAUCUAAAAAAAAUCUGUUACAUUGCAGAUGUCGUUGAUAUAAAGAAUGAACAGUAAUGGACCAAUCACUGAUCCUUGUGGUACACCACAUGUAAUCUUUCUAAGUGCUGACACAGUAUCAUUAAUUUGUACACACUGGUGUCUAUUACCUAAAUAACUUUCCAGCCAAGAAUGAACAACCCCUCGCAUUCCAUACAUCUCUAAUUUUUUCAAUAACUGUCUGUGAUCUAUGGCGUCAAAAGCCUUCUGCAGGUCAAUAUACAGACCAAUAGAACACUCACCAUUUUCAUUUGCAGUUGAUAUUUCUUCUACCAUUUGCAUUACUGCAAAAGCAGUACUUCUUCUUUCUCUAAAUCCAUAUUGAUUUUCACUUAACUUAUUUUUAUGAAUGAACAAAUUUAAUUGUUUCACAAACAAUUUCUCUAAAAUCUUAGAAAAUUGUGGCAAAAGUGAUAUUGGUCUGUAAUUUUCCAUACAGUGUUUAUCUCCAUUUUUAUGAAUUGGGAUUGCUAACUUCAUAUUGUUCGGGAAAAUUCCUUUUUGAAAAGUCAGAUUACAAACAUAAGUCAAGGGUCUGACAAUAUAAUCAAUAACAUCUUUAAUAAUUACUGUAUCGAUGGAAUGUAUGUCAAGUGAUCUCUUAUUUUUUCAUUUUCUUACAAUUUCAAUAAUAUCAGUUUCACGUACCCCACUUAAGGUCACUUAAGGUCGUAACCGAACAGAUGUCAGUUUCUAGCGUAAUUCUUCGACCAGUAUUGAUGCUCAAAAUUCUUCUAAACUGCUUACUUCCUUAUUCAUUUUGGGGGCUUUCUGGGGACACAAAACCACCUUAGUUUGAAAAUAUUGCACUUCCCUCAAAAGUUGGUGAAAUGUCUGAAAAGACUAUUUUAGUAGAAAUAUGGAUUGAACCAUUUGCAGUUGUACACUGAAAGGAACUUUCUGGGGCCACAAUACCACCUUAGUUUGGAAAUUUAGCUCUUUUUCCCCAUUUUCAAGGACCAAGGACUUUUCUUGUCAUUUUGGACAAUUCUGAGAAAUUUGAGACACGAUUAGUCUUAUUUUGGACAGUUUAUAGGCUAAUCGAUGUUAAACUGUAGAGCAAAGUGUGAUUUUAGCUUUUUUUGAUUGAUUUGGAUCAAUAUUGGUGUAGAAAGUCUGACAUUUAUGGACGUUAGGGUUAGGAUUGAAGGUUGUAGCCGAACAGAUGCGAGUUUCGAGAGCAAUUCUUGGACCAAUAUCAGUGCUAAAAAUCUUCUUUUAAACCGAACGACGUGCAGAAACUGCAGUAUUUCGAGCGGUGUGAAGCAUUGACUUCAUGGAGGUUGACAGAAGAAAUGCAAAUUUUGUCUCACUUUCACUUGCUUUAGAAACCGAAUAACACAAAAUCCACGCAACAGCGCCCCCUGCAGAUGAACUUCACUCCAUUUCUCACAGCGCUGAACCAACCGUUCCUUCCAUUUUUUCAUAUUCCAUCUCAAGCUGUGUGAAUUACAAAAAACCCUUAAAAAAAACACGACACCACAGCCCUUAACAGCUGGAAAAAAAAGCAGAUUGUGUGCAGAUUUGUUCACCGAAGCCGGAGUAGUAACACUUAAACGUGCCUGUGCAGCUCAACUCAUGCAAAGUAAACUCACAAAUACACAAAAAGGUGCUUGAACUUGCUUUGAUUUCACAUUUACUGUCCAGUUUAAUCCCUCGAAUCUACUAAAUAAAACCAGAUUUGAUGCGUUGAAGGUACCGGAUCUUGUGAAUUAUUGGUAUUUCAGCAGACGUGUAAAUAUCACUGCUGCUUUAUCGACCGUCUUUCUGGUUUAAUCUAAAAACCGGAGGACGAAAUAUUCACCCGACGCCACCACAGCACCGUCACGAAGUACCGCACUGCCCUCCGACUCUACAGCGCCCGCUCGGACGUGUUCAGUUUCCUUUUUUUGUCGUAUUUAUUGUUUUAAGCCAGUAAAAGACCAGGGACUCAGUGCCAUGAUAAAUUCUCUUACAGUGCUAUAUCGUGUGAAAUUAUAAUCACUUGUUAUGGAAUAAUUUUUAUAGUCUUUUUCACACCAGACCUUUUUUUUGUAUUUGUACAGUGGCUUGGUGAUACUGAUAUGUUGCCAUGAGUUAUUGUAACCAAUAAAAACAGAAAAAAAGCUUUUAACCAAGAA